AGGUCACAAGUUAGAUCAACUAUAUAUGUAUAUAUAUGAGUUUAUAUGACAAAACCUCUGGUACUCUGGCAGUCUGUAUAUUGGCCGCGAACUCGUCAAGUCAUCCAUGGAUUUCUGUGGUUGUGUUUAUUCUUUAUGGUCGAUUCAGUGCAAAUCUUGUCCUUGAUCCGGUGAGUCAGAUCAGAACCAGGUCACAAGUUAUAUUUAGUGAUAUGACUAAAUCGCGGGUACUCGGCUUGUCUAUAUAUUGGCUGGGAGCCCGACAAGUCAUCCACGGAUUUCACUUACCUGUUACCAGACGUACAAUCAGAAAUGUUAGAGUGAUUAUUUAAAGAAAAAAAAAAUGGUGAAAUCUUCCCUCGCUAAUAGUCUUCAGACCUGUCUUGGUCAGCGCUGGACACAUGAAGACUUCAGUGACUUUACAAUCGUUGUGGAAGACGUGGAGUUUGAAUGUCACAGAUUUCUCUUAGCUUCAUGUUCCGGUUUCUUCUCUUUGUUAUUACGUAGUGACAUGAAAGAGAACUUGGAGAAAAAAGUGACUUUAAAAAACAUCAAGAAAGAAACUUUUAGUGUCAUUCUCAACUGUAUUUAUAAAGGUGAAGACGGAUUAACACUUGAUAAUAUUCUCGAUGUAUGGCAUGCCACUCACAUGUUGGAUAUCAAAUACCUCUUUGAAGAAUGUGAACAAUUUAUCUUGAAUAAUAUAGAUUCUCUUAAUUACCAUCAAUUCUUUCACCAUGCCAAAUUUCUAGGCUCCAACGCUAUCAUUUCCAGCACCCAGAAAUCCAUUCUUCAAUACUUUGAACAUUUCAAAACAACGCAAACCUUCUUUGACCUGUCCUUUGAGGAACUUCAUGAAUUGAUUAAAGAUACAAAUUUGAACGUGAGCUCAGAAAAUGUGGUGAUUGAUGCAAUACUGGAAUGGGUGAAUGGAUACCCAAAGGAUAAUGACGAAACGACAAGAAACAUGGCAACCCCAACAGUUCUGAACGACACGAAAGAGUUGCCAGAAUAUAAAAUUGAUACAGACAGUUCCUUUGUUGAUGAUGAAGUCAGCGAUCUUUUACUGCAGAGUCAAUUAAAUGUUCUGGAUGAACGAAAAGGGAAGCUAUCCAUUCUGCUAGCCUCAUCGAGACUUUGUGUUGCUAGCGAGGAUUAUCUAGAAAACCUUUUAGUUCAUCCUCUGUUGACGUCAGAUAGGAAUGCUUUCCGACUUGUUAAAGAAGCUUUACUUUAUCACUGGAAGCCUCAGCAUCACGUCAGCAGUCUUGUGUCCUACAGAAAAUGCCAAGACAUGUGUAACGUCAUGGCUUUUGUCAGUGAUGGAAAUAUUUUCUUCUAUCUACUCGACGAGAAAAGGUCUUGUAAAAUGCUGCACAAGUCAGCUGGCUACACUCAUCUAGCCGCUGUGAACUCUGACCUCUUCCUGUGCUACAGUAAAUUUGAAAAAUGCUCGAGUUCUAAAAACAAAUCUAACUGCGUUCAAUAUGAAUAUUUCGAUGUGACCACAAAAUCGGUCAAAACUUUGGCUAAAAUCAUCAACUCAUCUGGCUCAUUCUUCUUAUGCAAUCAAUAUUUGAUCUUCGUCAGUGAUUGUCCCAUCAGCGAAAAAGUGAUCCACAUUCAGAACUUUAACCAAAAUCAAAUUUUUUUGACAAUCCAGACAGAGCCGCAUGCUAAGGCAGCUUUCAUCCACCAUGAAUGCAUCUUUGUAUUCCAUGAUGCUCACCCUGACACUGAGCUUCGAGUCUAUUCGUUACAGAAACAGGCUCUAGUGUGUGUCAAGAAAUUACCGGGUCCUGCAGAAAACAUCGUUAGCUUUGUAGGCAAAGGCAGAACUUAUAUGCUACAGAAAGACGGACAUUUGUGGCUCGUGGGAUACACAGGAAAAAGAGAAUUUGAUUUCAAAAUGGUAGCGAGGCUGUGGAACUUUUGUUGGAACAUGUACGGAGCCGUGUGCUACAAUGAUGAACUGUUUCUAUUUGGGGAGUUUCUCACAGAAUCUGGCAAAAAAGAGUUUGCACCCUUGCCAGGUCUGUGUGAUAACAUUGUGGUAGUCGAACAUGAUUAUUACACUCAGGCUGUUCCAGUGGCUGUUCCAAGGUCUGCCAUUACACAGCACCAAAUGUAUCCAGCCUGAAGUCUUUACACUUCUCACUUGCUUAUAGUCUGAGUAAUUAACUCAUAUUUAAACGGUAAUCCUGUAAUACAGAGUUUUAAAAGUUUCUAUAUUCAUUUAUAGUAGAACUAGAAGAUUUAGAUACUUUGAUUGGCAACGCACAAAAAAUACGGGAAAGGAAGGACCAAAAAGUAAUGAAGAACAUUAAGCCUACGAAAUACUUGGAAAUACUUUUAAACAUUUGUGAAACAUUACACAUGACUACUGACUCUAGAUAGGGAAAAGUAGGAUUUUUUCUUGAGUAAUGGCCCUUUACUGACUACCUGAAAGUUAUGAAUGUAUUGUAAUCAUUUCAAAAACAGAAUUCUACAAAGAUUAACAUUUUGUAAUCAUUUUCGUUUAAUCACGAUUCCAUUUUAUGGAUGAUAGUUGUAAAUUAUUUUUUAACACCAAUGUAUUUUUCUAUGAUAUAGUUUUAGAAUCAUCUUUUUUUUAUACCUGCAGGAUAUAAUUUCAUUCUCAUCAGGUCUUAAAUUAUUGUUUCAGAAUCUCCAUAACAACAAUGGCCAAAACUUCACUAGCAUUAAGUCUUCAGACCUGUCUUGGUCAGCGCUGGACACAUGAAGACUUCAGUGACUUUACAGUCGUGGUGGAAGACAUGGAGUUUGAAUGUCACAGAUUUCUCUUAGCUUCAUGUUCCGGUUUCUUCUCUUUGUUAUUACGAAGUGACAUGAAAGAAAACUUGGAGAAAAAAGUGACUUUAAAAAACACCAAGAAAGAAACCUUUAGUGUCAUUCUCAACUGUAUUUAUAAAGGUGAAGACGGAUUAACACUUGAUAAUAUUCUCGAUGUAUGGCAUGUCACUCACAUGUUGGAUAUCAAAUACCUCUUUGAAGAAUGUGAACAGUUUAUAUUGAGUAUUAUAGAUUAUUCUAAUUAUAUCCAGUUCUUUCGUCAUGCUAAGAGUUUAAGUUCACAGACUGUCGUCUCAAGCGCACGAACGUUCUGUCUUCAACAUUUUGAAACCUUUAAAACGACACAAACAUUUAUGGAAUUGUCCUUUGAAGAAAUUAAUGAUCUGAUUAAAGAUACCGAUUUGCAUGUGAGCUCAGAGAGCUUAGCAGUAGAGGCGAUAUUAGAAUGGGUAAAUGGCCUAUCCAGGAACGGUGAUAAUAGCGUGAUACAAAGUAUAGAAGCUUCAAGUCUUUUUGAAGAAUCGAAACAGAAAUCUGAAACUAAUUUGGAACCAAAUAAAACAUUACAGGCAAAAGAAAUGAGUUGCGGUUCUUGUGACAGUCGCGUGAAUGUGCAUGAAGAAAGAAAGGGGAAGUUAUCUAUUUUGCUUUCUUCUACAAGAUUAUGUCUUGCAAGCGAAGAUUAUUUAGAAAACCUUCUUACUAACCCGCUGAUUAAGUCAGAUGUCAAUGCUCUAACAAUGGUCAAAGAUGCUCUGCUGUUUCACUGGAAGCCCCAACAUAACUUCAAUCUUGUGAACUACAGAAAAUGUCAAGACCUCUGUAACGUCAUGGCUUUUGUCAGGGAUGGAAAUCUAAUGUUCUAUUUGCUUGACGAGAAAAGAUACAUACAAAUGUUGGAUGCCUCCACCAGCUACACUCAUGUAGCCACCUUCAACUCUGACCUCUUCCUUUGUUGCAACAAAUUUGAAAAAGGUCCAAACAAUAAAGGCAAGUCAAGUUAUAUUCAAUACGAAUAUUUUGACUUCCCCACAAGAACCUCCAAAACGUUGGCGAAGAUAAUGAACUCAUCGACUUCUUUCUUUUUAAUCAACAAAUAUUUCAUUUUUAUUAAUGGUGUAGAUGUUAAUGAAAGGAUUCUUCAUGUUCAGAAUUUAUGUCAGAACCAAAAUUUUCUGACCAUUCAGACAGAGGCGUAUGCGAAAUCAGCCUUCAUUCACGAUGAAUUCCUUUUCCUGUUUACUUUCGUGUAUCCCGACAGCGAGCUUCAAGUCUACACCUUGGACAAACAGGCCAUUGUUUGUGUCAAGAAAAUACCUGGACCUGCUGAAAACAUCGUCAGCUUUGUGGAUAAAGGCAUCACUUAUGUGUUACAGAGAGACGGGACUUUGUCGCGCCUGCAAUGUACUGGAACCAGAGACUUUGACUUGAUAAGACUAACGACUAUAUGGAACUUUGUCUGGAACCUCCGUGGCGCUGUCUGCUACCUGGAUGAACUGUUUCUCUUUGGAGAGUGUCUCACAGAUGACGAGAAGAGAGAAUUUAGCACCCUGCCGGGUGUGUUUGAUAAAUUAGUGAUACUGGAUGGCGACUAUAACACCAAUGCCAUUGCCAUGACUAUUCCAAAGUCUGCAUUUACGGUUCAGAUGGUUUAGAACAGAGGUUCUCCAACUUUUUUUUUGCGCCGGGAACCCCUUUAUACAGUCAGAAUUCGACCAAGAACCAUUAAGUGAAAAAGACACCCAUCUGAAUAGUACUUAAGUUACAACUGUGGAAAAAAGAAUUUUUUUUUGAAGGAGUGUUUAUUGAGAUUAUAAUUUUGUUUGAAAUAAAAUUGUAAAAUAAUGAAUUAAUUUGGAUGAUGCUGAUGAAAUGUUUAUAGAAAUGUCAGGGGGAGGUAUAGCAAGAAUGAAUGUUAUUUUGGUAUGAUUGUUAUAUCCCCUUGUUAUGAAUGCAAAGUGUUGCACGUGUUGUGAAUUGAUUGAUUAAGUCUUCGUUGAAUGUGAGAGAGAGAGAGUGUGUUAAGUUAGUAAGGUCUUGCUUCCAGUCCAGGAAGGUUGGAUAGUCGCUUCCUGGACUGGAGUUUGUUUAUUAAUAUUUAUUGUGCAUUAUUUGAGCUAUAUUGGAUAUUAAAAUAUCAUUGAUAUAUUCUAUGA